GCAGGACCAGGCUCUGCUCUGUAGCUGCUCCUCCAGGGCCCAAUGGGUCCCCUCCCUGCGCUGGCGGCUGGGGGCGGGGCUCCUGGAGGGGAACCAUGGCAACGCCUCCCACCCGCAGUUACCUCCUGUUCAGAGGGGCCCUGGACUGACUGCUCCCUGAGCCAGGGUGUGGGGCUCAGUGAGGGACUCAGAUCCAGCUGUAAGGUCAGGAUUGUCCAUGGAGCCCAGAGCGCCUCUGUCCUGCUGCUGCCAGGCAGCCCGCACUCCAGCAGAUGUGUGACCGAGGAGCAGCAGGGCUCCUGGCCCCUGGUCUUCACCCUGAUCAGAGGGGCCCUCAUGGGGGCUGGCUUCCUCCUCACCUACGUCCUCACCUGGCUCUACUACACCAGGAUGGGACUGAGGUGUGGACACCAGGCUAGAGGGACUGUCCUGGGACGUCAAUGUCACCUUCUCCCUGGAAGCUCCUGACUCACCUGCCUCCAAUGUGCCCCUGGGGUUUCAGUGUGUGGAAGUGACUGAGUGACGCCAAGGGGAGUCAGUGCCAUGGAGAGAAGACUUUUACUCCUUUCACCUCCUGAGAGGAGGGGCCGCUGUGCCCAGGAAGCCCCGGAUUUCCUCAGGAAGCAGAUGCAGGUGCAGGGCAGCCUAGCGAAGGCCUUGAUUGGGUUCCCAUGGGAAACGCAGGGCAGGGCAGGGUGAGCCCUUCAGGACCAGCUGGUGUGUGUCAGUCUGGGGGAUGGGCCUGUGGGCGUGGUCUCUCUUUGUCUGGUCCCAGGUCCUGGGUGAUUUGGGGCAGGUGGGGAGGCUGGGAAUAUGGGCUCAGGUUGGGUUGGUUUGCAUCUGAAAUUCUUUGCUGUCUCUGAGAAUGGGCCGCCCUGGGAGGCCCUGUGUCUCCUUGGCUUCCAAUCUGUUUAAUGGAUCAAAACAUCAUGAGAUACACAAAUAAACAAUAAUACAAACACACUGAUGGCCCCCGUGUUUCUGCCUGUGCUCCUCCCAUUUGACUUGUUCCCCUCCUCGCCUCUCUCUUUCUCUCUGUUGGUUCUGCCCACUCAUCCCCCACCCCCUGCUCCUCUCUCUC